AUGACACGUAAUAAUCGUAAUAAUACCGAACGAACUCCAUCACCAUCAACAAUUGUUAUUGAAGAUAAUAUGAUGAAUUUACCAGAUCUUUCAGCUUUUCUUGAUGAUGAAAAACAACAUAUUCUUGAUGUUUUAUUACGAGAUGAAAAUCUUCGUAAUAAACAUUUAUCACGCUUCAUGCAAUUGCGAAAAGAAGUAGCAGAACUUAAAGAACAUUCACAAUCAGCAUCAAAAUCAAUAUGUGCUCGAUGUCAAACACCAUUUGGUUUUAUAUUUAAUACUGGUGAUACAUGCCCGAAAUGUUCCGCAAAAGUUUGUAAACAAUGUCGACUUAUCUAUAAUGUUAAUGACAAUAGCUGGUUGUGUCAGUUAUGUUGCAAACAGAUGCAAUUGAUGAGCUAUUCAGGUGAAUGGAUGUAUUCAAUUCGUAGUGAUUUUCGAAAAGAUCUGAUAGAUCCAUCAGAAACUUUGUAUGAAUCAGUUCCACCUUUUGUUUCUGCACACAUAGAUAUAAAUCCAGUAUCAAGUUCGGAUUCUGAACCAGAAGAUCUUGUUCCAUUAUCCAAUAAAAAUAGUCGAUUUAGUGUUCAACCGACUAAACCAAAAGAAUCAAAUUCAAAUAAUAAAAUAAAUAAAAUGAUUGUUCAAAAUCAUAAUGAUGAACAAAAACUAAAUUAUCUUAAAAAACGUUUGGAAAGACGUCCAUUGAAUACAUCAUUAACACAACCAUUACCGAGACGAAUUCGUUCACUUGCAUCAACUCCUAAUACAGUAAAUAGUUCAUCGGAUGAAGUUAAUUCUUCCUUAAAUUCAUCAAUAAAUCGUCAAACUCAAAAAUUAAACAAACAAAAUUCAUCAAUAUCGUCAAAUACGGAAAUAUUAACAAAAAAUUCAAAUCAAAAUAUCAAUGUUAAUCGAAGUGAUAUCGACAGUCCAUCUAUACGAUCAUCUGAAUUGGAUAACAAUAAUGAUAAUAAAUCAGAAAGCGAUAAAUUAAAAGUACCACGACGUCAUCAAUCAUUUAAUCGUGGUUCCAAACUGAGUUUAACAUCUACAACAACUGAACACUCGUCUUCGAAACAUGUUAGUACAUCAAUGCAAAGUUUACGUCGUGCAGUUCAUCGUAUUUCACAUCCACAAUUAUCAUUAUCACGUAGUUCGUUACAUUCGGAAAAACAACUCAAUUCUAAAAUGUCAACCAGUUUGACUAUGAAAGAUGAAGAUACAAAAUCACUAAAAGUGUCCAGUGUACAAAGUACAUCGAGUAUUACAAUGACCAAAGUCUAUCAUCUUGAACAACAACAAACAAUACUUGCUGAACAUCCAUCAUUAUUAAUCAAAUCCGAAAUGCCUAGUUUUUAUCCACCAACAGGACAUCGUACAUUUCUUAAUAAACAUCUUGCAAAUCAUGAUGAUGAUCCUGAUUCAAUUUAUAAAGAAGCAUUUAUUAUUGAAAUAUUUCAACAUUGGAAAGCUAAAGCAUUAGAACAUCAACAUACAGUGAAUAAUUCUGAAAAUAUUAUGACAUCAAAUGAUUGUACUCAAACACUUGAAAAUAAAAUUUUACCAGUAGAAACAUCAAAUAUUAAAACAAUAUCCAAUGAAACAUCAUCAAAUAACAAUAAAAAUGAAUUAUCAAAUACUAAUGAACCACAAAUAUCAACAAUAGGAAUAAAAAAACGAACAACACCGUUAACAACAUCAAAUACACGUCGAAAAGCUUCGGAAAAAAAAUGUAUAACAACAUCAACUGAAUCCUCAAAUCCAAAUUUACUUGCACCUUAUACUAAAAAUAAAUAUGGAAUAGCAACAGCAACAACGACUACAACAAAAAAACCUCCUAAAUCAACAACUAUAUUUAUAGAACCAAGAAAAACACAACCAACACUUCCACAACGUCCAUAUUCUUUCUUUUCAUUUGAAGAAUCUGUUCAAAUGAAACGUAAAACUACGGUAGAAAAACAAAAUGGAACUGAUGAUGAUCAAAGUUCACCAUCAAUUUCUCCAACUUGGACACCAGCUUCAUAUAUAACAUCUACACGUUCUUAUUUUCAUUCACAAAAUAAUUUCAGUUAUGAUGAUGAAACAUCAAGUGAUGAAAGUAGUUAUGAAAGUUUAUUAAUACGAAAUAGAAAAAAUGUAAAAAAAACAACGAAUAUUCAAGAAAAAAAUCCAUUAUCUAAUCUUUCCAAUCUAAUCAUUCCGACAGCUAUUUAUAUAACUGAUCCAAAUGGAAAUUCGCGAACGUUCGAUUGGGAUGAUGAUUCUCUCGAAGAUUAUUCUCAUAACAGACGAAUUAUUGAUAAAGAUUUAAUUUCAACAAAUACAAAUAUUUCAUAUGUAAAUAAUAUGCCUGCCUAUUCUUCAUCAUCUACACUUACUAAAGUUUCAUCAACAGAACAAAUUAAUCAUGAUAAACAUGCUUUGCAUAGUAUUGGUGAAGAAGAAGAAGAUGCAAUAGGUGAAUAUAAUUAUGAUGGUAGUAUUUUAUCAAAAGAACUUGAUGGUAUGGAAACAUUUACACAUGUACGAAAAACAAAAUCAAAUGUACAAACAAAUGAUACAAAUCGAAAACAACAUGAAAAUGAUCGAGUAUUAUUAGGAAGACGAUGGAGUGAUAGUUUUGUUAGUGAUGAUGAUGAAGAUGAACAUAUACGAUCACCACAACGUGCCAUUGUAAAAGCACCUAGUGCAACAUCUAUUAUAAAACCACCAGUAACUCCACCUGCUAAAUUGUCAAAAACGAAAUAUCUUCUUAUGAAAUUACAUUUAACAUCAUCAUCACCACCAAAGAAUGAGAAUUUGAAUACAUCUGUAACAACAGCAAAUUUGCCACCACGCAAGCGCACUGUACAUCGAUCAUCGGACAAAAAACAUUCUCGCACAAAUCUUGAAAUACGACAGUCAUCUAUAGAUGAAUCAAAAGAACCAUCUAAUAUUAGUAAUCAUAGUUCACCAAUUACAUUUGCUUCAACAAAUGCAAUUGAAUCGCCACUCAUGCAAGAAAAUUCAAAUGUAUCAGAUAGCAUAAUAAUAGCAAAUAAUGAAAACGAUUCUCAAAAUAAUCUUGAAAAUAAAUUAGAAAGUGUUAGAAAUCAUUUAUCGCCUGCUAAUAGUGAUAAUGUUGACGAUAUAACCGAAACAGUUCCAUUGAGUUCACAAUCAAGUCUAAAUAGUGCAUGGGGUGAUAUGAAAUUUCAGCAUGAUCAUGAUAUAUCUGGCACAAUUGAAUUAAAACUUUCGUAUAAUAUCAAUACAAGUUCAUUGGAUAUUUAUAUUAAAAAGUGCACGGAUUUAGCUCGUGUUAAACGAAAUCAAACAUCAAAUCCAUAUUGUAAAAUUUAUUUAUUACCUGAUAAAUCUAAAGCUAGUAAACGUAAAACAACUAUUAAAAAAGAUACAAUAGAACCAGUAUUUAACGAAGCAUUUCGUUAUCAUUUAACUACAGAAGAUUUUAAUUCACGUAUUUUGUGGGUCUCAAUGUGGAGUCAAACAUCAUUAGGACAUAAUAAUUUUCUUGGUGAAAUACAUAUUCCGUUAGUCAAUUGUAUAUUAGAUAAAUUCGAAGUAUAUACACUUUUAGCUCGAAUGCCGAAAGACAAUUUAAUACUAAAUACUGAGCCAACGGCGGAUUCUAAUGAAUUACAUAUUGAUUUAACAUUCAUUACAGAUUCAACAAAUAAAGAAUUAGGAACUAUACAAGUCAAUUCUAUUCAGGGUAAAAUGAUUUAUCAUGGAAAACAUAAUUUUGAUAUUAUAUGCAAAGGUUUAUUAAUGCCUGAUAAAAUCAAACGAAAAUUAGUAAUAACACGUAAAGGACCAUCACCAAAAUGGGAUAUUCCAUUACGAUGGGAAAAUAUAUCACGUAGUAAUUUAAAAAAUAUAUCUAUUGAAAUAAGUUUAUGGCGUCAAGAACGUUUUCGAAAAGUAAUGAUUAGUUUUAUUAGACUUAAUUCAUCCCAAGGACAAUUUGAUAAUAAACUAAUUAAAUCUUUAAAUACAACAGAAGAAGAAAAAUCUGCUUGGGAAUUAUUUUUACAACAACCAACAAGUAUACAUCAUAUUCGACUUCCAUUACGACCAGCAACUACUGAGCAUAAAUAA